AUGGCAUCUUCUCUCCCAACCUUUCCCCGUGUGGUAUUCACCAUUAUUGAACCAAUCUCCCUGGUUGCCGGCUUCCUCGGAGCUGUCAUUGAUCCAGCUUGGUUUAUUGGCGAACAAGUCCUUCAGAAGGAUGGCAUUGCUACCUCUGAAGGAAGUAUCGUAGUGGCUUGGCAGCUGGGGAAUCUUUAUCUGUUGAUGGCCUUCAUUGGCAUAGCAGUCCUAUCGACGACAUCCGAAAACAAGGUCGUCCGAGCCUACCUCGUCGCUCUCUGGCUCGGUGAUGUCGGUCACGUCGGGUUCAGCUGCUACGGGCUUGGGUGGGGAAAGCUUGUGAGGCCUGUUGAGUGGAACGCUAUGGCUUGGGGAAACAUUGCCAUGACAGGUCAGCGUCGCAAGACGAUCGCAAAACAAACAUUCAGCAACCAUCAUCAGCGCGUCUUUGCCUGCUCUCGAAAGACUUAUAGCAUCGGACAGUGUCUAUCCGUCUCCUGCACCUCAUCGCUUCUAUGGAAACUAGGAGUUAUGCGAAGCGCGCAGAGCCAAAGCACGCAAGAGUCCAAGGGAAAGCUUCUAAGGGACCCGGUCGCUCGGCGCAACGCUCCAGUCGACACCGCUAGUAUUGCGAGCAGCAUCGCAACGCACCCUGGUCGAGUUGACGACGAGACCGAGUUUGGCGAGGAUGAAGGGUCUGUUGAGGAUGUCAAGCCAUCCGGGAGUCGCGAUUAUAUCCGAGUCGGCUUGGAGGCCAAUGACGCCAGACGGAAAAUCCUGGAGCUCAGCAUCCCCGACUUGUGCAGGGAGGCUGACGACUUGAUGGAGUAUAUCGGAAAACGAGACACGGAUCCAGAUGUCUUCCAUGGCCGCCUGGCAAUCAAAAGACGCGCCUUUCACAGCGUCCGAGCAGAGUAUGAGGAAGAAGACACAGCACCCUUUAUCGACUGGGCACCCUUUCUCAGCCAGUCUGCCGCUCUCGCGCGCGUCAAUGUGGUGACAGCGUUUGACAAACUUUGCGACUUUAACCCCGACAACGAGAGGGAGAUGGCAUCCUUCUUGAAAACCCUUUGUCCCUUAUUUCCAGCGUGGUUUGUCCUAGAACAAUCCAUGUUCCAAGAACCAGAAACCACGCUAGACCUCCGGACAUGGCUUUUCAUUGAUUCAUUUUCCCGUCAAACCGGCGAGACCGACUACAAGAGACUUAUUGCCUCCAUAUUCUGCAAAGAUGUAGGAGAGGGCAAAAUAAAUUACGCCCACCUGUUCGCCGGUGGCCAUUUCCUGGAACUUGGGGGAGAAGGCGAAGAUCACGAUGAGCUCUGCUCAGCACGCGUCUCCGAAAUUGUCAAUAUUGUCCAUAAGAAGAAGACAGGAGAUGCCAUCAGCCUGUUGAAGGAAAGGUUUGGUCUGGACCAACUGAUCCCAGAGCUUCAGAGUACUUUCAAGGCCCUUUACAAGAUUCUAAAGCCUGUUGAUAAACAAGCUUCGGUACAGCUCGAUACUCGAGCUUUCACUCCCUACGAAAAUCAACAAGAGAGUAUGAGCAUGAUGGGGAGUCAAGCUGACGAUCUCGCAUCUGAAUCGCAGUCGAUUAUUCGCGCCGGGACUGGCGAGGCCGAGCCAAGUCUGUUUGUUGGACAAGAGUCCAUCCGGGCCUUGCAAGAAGGGAACCGGGGAGGGAGCACAGUACCACCAUCGAAUCAACAACUCGCGGUACCUAGACGGGAUGCUCCUCUCGAUUAUCCUGAUCACCAAAAUACGGAUCUUUUGCUCAGGGAUUCACUUCCUCCGCUCCAGCCCAAGAGGAAGCGGCCUGGCCCGUUCGUGAACUCGGAUGAUGAUGACGACAAUGAUGAAGACUCCGGGGGAGAGUGCUUUGAGACUGAUACCCGUGAGGUCAAGCCGAUCAGACGGGAGGAGCCCCGAGGAUUAAUGGGCCCCCCACCACCCAAGAAGUCUCGAGUUCAACAUUCAGUACCCGACUCUCAGCCUUCUCCUAGCCAGACUCCGGAUUCAACGCCUACCGCGCCACCUCAGUCCUCAGUACCCGACCUCAGGGCCGUCAAUGAGAAACGCGCAGAGAUGGCCCUCCAGAACCGCUUCAACUCAAGCCAAGGCCCGCAGAAACGCAUCCCCUGGACUGAUCAUGAUACCAACCUGCUCAUCGACCUCAUUGCCGAGUGUCAUUGCGGGUGGUCCCUCAUAGAAAAGCGAGGCGACGGACGCUGGGAAAAAGAACGGAAUCAGCAGGCGUGCCGCGACAAGGCCCGCAACCUCAAGGUCCAGUUCCUCCUGACGGAUCAAAAUCUGCCCCCGCUCUUCGACGAUGUUAUGCUAGGGCCAAAGGAGGUUAUGAAAAUACAGUCUCAUGGGAAGAACCCUAACCGCAAGGUGGCCGAUGUCGAUGAAGAUGGCCGCCCAAUUGGCACUGAACUCAGGACAGCAUCCAUGGGGACCUCUUAG